AUGACUCAUACAGCCGAGAUCAAGGAGGCAUUUGAUAAAGAUCUCAGCAAGGUCAUCAAAGGGGUGCCAUACCAAGACAAACUCAUUGUCCUAGGAGACUUUAAUGCUCCUGGCUUCUCAGCCAUCCAUCUAGCAGCUCUAUACGGCCGGCUGGAGUGCCUGAAACUGAUAGUCGAAAAGUUUGAGGUUGACGUGAACUUAGCCAGUCUGACAGGAUGGACACCCAUUCACCUGGUGAUGAACAAGGAGAGUGGCCCCAGGGCACUGGAGUGUUUGCAGUACCUCAUUGGAAAGGGGGCAGACAUCAAUGUUCAGAACCAGGGCGGAACGUCGCCACUUCACAAGGCAGCCAGUGAAGGACGCCUCGACUGCAUCAUUGAACUGGUUGAGGCUGGAGCUGAUGUCCACGCCAAGGACGCAGAGGGGCAGCAGCCCAUUGACCUCUGCAGGAUAUGGGCCUACAGGAGCUGCGCUAGGUACCUGAAUGAUGCCAUGUGGAAAACAGACAAGCGCAAUUUUGCUCGCGAAAUGCACAAGCUGAAUCAAAUCAAAAGUGAAUGUCAGCACUUGGAACAAAAUUUCCUGAAGAUAGAGAAGAGGGAGCAGGACUUGUUGAAUGCAGUGGCAUUCUCUAACUGGCUUGGAACGAAGCAGCAACAGGGGUUGCCUGACUCUGCUAAACGGUGGCAUUUUCCAGAGGACAGAGCGAAGCUGGAUGCUGUCCCCAAGAAGGAAGUGGCUAAAAUACCUCCUGGAGAAAAAAAACCCAGCGUGCACACCAAGCGGAGGGCUAAGAUUAAAGGGGAACCUCGUUUAUCUGCCACUGCUCAGCCCCGCACUGGGAAAUCACAGCGAGCUUGGAAUGCCAGCGUCAAUCCAUCCUCCCCUCGGGUGACAGACAUAUUCCGACCUACCACAGUCCGGCUGGGCACCAACCCCGAGGCCUGUGGGGAUCAUGACUUCAGCUCCUUCUUGUUUCUCUCCAAGGACUCGCGUGGACAGCCGGUGAUCGACAUGGCUUACAAAGGCAGACUCUCCCCCGUCCCCAACCUGCCCUAUGAAGUGAUCGAGAAAAGCCUGUAUCCCCACGCUCGGCCCAUCAGAUUAAAGAUGCCGCAAGAAUUUAAACCCACACACAUCUUCGAUGUGACAAGGAAGCGCCGCCCAAGCCUGGAGCACAGGUGGACGGACGAAAUGGCUGUGAGCUUGCGGGAAACUCUGGACCCAGCAUUCAGAGCUACGCUAAAGGCUCACCUCUCUGCAGUCAACGACAGCAGUUAGAACUUCCAUCUGCAAAACCAGGGCUUCAUCCUGCAAGGCGCCGAGCACCUUCCAACUCCCACUGACGUCAGUGAGGAGCAGAGGGUGCUCAGCACCUCAAUGGAUCAGCCCUUAUGCGGAUACCCUCCCCCCACUUCCACGCUGCCUUUUUCUGACUCUUGACUUUUUAAUAUUCCGCUUAGAAUGACUUUGAUUGGCAUAACCCAGCUAUGUGAUUUACUGAGCUGGAGCAGAUAAA